ACAAACAGGCGUCUGAUCACCACAUUUGUUUAACCCCUUCUUGUGUUUAACCUAAAGCAACGACUCGUUUAUGGGAUCAGAGCUCUAACAAACAACCUUUUGUGCAUCUUCCAUCCAUUGCUUAAAACCAUUCAAACCGCACAACAAUAAUAUUUAAUAAUACCCACUCAAUCACAAUUUAUUUAAACCUAGGGCGUAUUUUAUUAAUAAUCCGUCAAGUCUCAUUGCCAAAUGUGCUUUUAGUGGAGAAACAUCGUUUUCCAGAUUUUAUUGGUAAAACCAUUUGAACACUUAUUUUUAUGUAGACGUCUGUAAUACAAACUUUCUUCUUCACUCGCACCGCACAGCAGACUUGAAUUGAAUUGACUCAUCCUCGAUGUAUUAAUUUAAGGUAGUAAAGUAACUAUUUAGCAACUUGUAUUUUAUUCAGGGCAGAUUUAUAAAUGUGUUUUUGUUGUUAUCGUGAGACGACCAGAUUGUAAAGCCUCAAAACGUGCAUCUUCUUAUCUGCCAUUCAUCAUUCAUAUUAAUGUAAUGGUUUCAAUCAAAAUAACAAACUUGUGCUGUUGAGUGAUUCAUGCUAUAAAUGUUUAUGAAGUGUUGUAAAGGAAAGAACGUAUUUUUUUAUACUUACUAAAACUAAUUUUGUAAUGUUUUCUUAAGGAAUUUGUUGUUCUAGUCAUAUGUAAUAGAAGAGGAAGACAGUAAGUUAAAUAUUUGAACUAUUUUAACCGUUCAGUGAGUCAUUUUAUCAUAAAUUUAUCAUGAGCUGGCCUGAUAAUUCAAUUGACAUUAUUGCACAUUACUUUCCAUUAUUAUUAUGGGUGGGCUGAGGCUGAGGCUGGGACUGAAGAAAUGCCAGUGUCAUUUUUAUAAGGUUUCUAUGUAACGAGACAGUUUUAAAGAACAUUUUCGGUUGGUGCCUUCGAUUAUUUAGACUGAGAUUAGACACAUAUAUUACGCAUUAUAAAUUAUUUAUACACUGAUAAAAAUGAUCUGUGAUGACUUUAGAUACUUAAUUUGUAUAUAACAUACUCAUUCAUCUUACUCAUUUCUAAAUGACAUAAUACCUACUGUUAACCAUUUUUAAAAUUUUAUCUCAAAGUCGCAACUAUUUUUAACAUACAAAUGAUCUACGUUUCCGUACUUAUCUCACAUAAUAAACGCACAAAAGAUAAAAGAAGACAUCAUAAAAUGGAUAGUCAACAAGAACCAAAAACCGUACCCGUGGUGACUCCUUCAUCGGACGACGUGUUUGGGGACAGAGAUUCUUCCGCUGUGUCCACAAAUCCUCGUGUAAAUUUCUCCAGUGUGAUUGAGGAUGAAGACCACAGAAUUCUACCGGUGGAUGAUCCCACCAGAGAAGACGCUGGUGGGUGCGGAAUUCUACCCGGUUGCAGAGGUGAUAAUACCUCCCGGCAUCCUCAUAAUAGCUCAAUAUCUUACUUCCAAAGAGUCGUGGGGGGCAGUGGCCACAUUCUCAAUGAUCUGUGUGCUUCUCUAUGGUUCACCUACUUUCUCCUGUACAUGCAAAAAGUGGCAGGAUUUUCUGAUCGGAAUGCAGCUAUUUUGAUGCUGUUGGGCCAGAUUGUAGAUGGAUUAUCUACACCCUUAAUUGGUUUCGAAGCCGACCGAGCGAAUCAUUGCUGGUUAUGCAAAAGAGGGUAUGGAAGGUGCAAAACGUGGCACUUAAUUGGUGUAAUUCUUGUGAUGAUAUCGUUCCCAUUCGUAUUUUCUCCAUGUAUUGGGUGUGAAAGUUCUGAUGAGUGGGCAAGGGCAAUUUAUUAUGCUCCUUUUAUAACCAUAUUUCAAAUUGGAUGGGCGUCUUCCCAAAUCUCGCAUCUUGCAUUGAUUCCCAAAAUGAGUACCGAUAUUUUAAUGCGGACAGAAUUGUUAGCCAUUAGGUACGCUUUCACGGUGGGUGCCAAUAUUACAGUGUUUCUAUUAACGUGGGUAACAUUGAGCUUUGAAGACUGUGAAAUCGACCAAACUGAUGCUCCCAAAUUCCGAACACUUGGACUAGUAUCUGUUGGAAUUGGAGGAUUUUUCUCCCUCCUCUUUCACAUUUUUGUGGUAGAAAGGUCAGAUGAAGAAAUUAAGAAGGGUAUAUUGGCCGAACAGGAGGAAGAAACAGCACACACUCCUCACAGUCAAGGAAGCCAUCAUGAUUUUGUAGAAAGCUUGAAUACGGUUACAAAUGUCCGAUCAGUUGCGUCAAGCAUGGCAAUUUCCAAAGUCCAUGCCCAAGCCCGACGUCGAAGAAGUUGUUCUACCUCCAGCAAAUCUAGUGCAGAUAGGGAAGCAGGCACGAGCUUAUUGUCUGAUCAAGACGACAUGGAUCACGGUCCACUCGUCGCUAUCGAUGCGUCUUCCACCAGUGCACCACCCGUGCGCCCUACAUCCUUAAACACGAUCGGAAGUACUCAGAACAAUAGUGGACAACUCGGAAAUAAUAGUGCUCUUCAAGGAUACUCCAUGAAAUCCUUGAAUCAAGGGAAGGAAACGGUGACUGUGAUGGAUUGGUUGUCUAUGCCGCAGUUUUAUAUUGUGGCCAUGAUGUACAUGUCGACACGACUUAACGUUAAUAUAACUCAAGCCUACAUGCCUCUAUAUGUUCAAGAAAGUUUGAAAUUGCCUUGUGGUUCUGUCGCCACUGUACCAUUAACCAUGUUCUGUUCGGGAUUUGUUGUAUCCAUCUUUAUCAAACUUAUCAACAAGCACCUAGGAAGGCAGUUGGCAUACGCCUUAGGCGCACUACUUUGUAUUAUUGGAGCAGUACUAAUAUUGGCACUGGACUGGAGCCCAGGAAGUAUUAUGGCCGAGAAAGGGAUUUACGGAGUAGCAAUUUUAUUAGGUGGAGGAGCGUCAGCUAUUUUGGUAACCUCAUUGUCAAUCACAGCGGAUAUGAUUGGAAACAAUGUUGAAAAUGGGGCAUUUGUCUAUGGAGCCAUGAGUUUUUGCGAUAAAUUAUCCUGUGGUCUUGCUGUUAUGCUAAUUAAUGAAUUGAAAACUUUUAAUAAUGACGAGGGGUUCUAUCAACGGGUGUUAGCGUACACAGCAGGAGGUUGUUCGGUGCUUGGCGUACUUGGAGUAGUAGGGCUGACCUACAUAAUUUACAGACAAAAUAAAGAAAAUACUAACUAAUCAACCCAUGAUCUUUCACACAAACCUUUUACGGGGCAAUAAUAAAAAUAUUUUAGUCGAGUGUA